AUGAAGCACCCAGCAGAAGCAUCACUACCAUCACUACCAUCACCACCAACAGCAUCACCACCACACACAAACCUCCAAACCACCCUCCACAACGCCCUCCAAAACAGAGCCCUCCGCUCCUCCCGCCGCCAACUAACCACCCUCCCCCCCACAGCAAUCGACUUCUCCUCCAACGACUUCCUCUCCCUCUCCACCUCCCCCCUCUACCGCACCCGCUUCCUCAACCACCUAACCUCCGCCCCGCCCUGCCACCCCUUCGCCAGCGGAGGCUCACGCCUCCUAGAUGGCAACUCUUCCUACGCAGAGUCCCUCGAAACCCAAAUCGCAGCCUUCCACAACGCCCCCACCGGCCUCCUCUUCAACUCGGGCUUUGACGCCAACAUAGGCGUGCUGGCCUGUCUGCCCCAACCAGGCGAUGUCAUCGUGCACGAUGAGCUCGUCCAUGCUUCCGCAAGGGAAGGUAUGAAAUUGUCUCGUGCUGCAAAAUGCCUGCCCUUCGCGCACAGCGACCCCAAGAGUCUGGAGCGCGUGCUGCUACACGAACUGAGUGAGCGUGAGCGCGCCACCCGCAACGUCUUCAUCGUCGUAGAGUCCCUGUACAGCAUGGACGGGGAUAUCGCCCCGUUGCGCGCCUUCGUCGACGUCGUCGAUAGGGUGCUCCCCCGCGGGAAUGCGUACUUUGUCGUUGAUGAGGCGCAUGCAACGGGGGUGUUGGGGCCUCGGGGUGCGGGCGUUGUGCAGGAGUUGGGGCUGGAGGAGAGGAUGUUCGUGAGGGUGCAUACGUUUGGGAAGGCGUUGGCUAGUCAUGGGGCGAUCGUCCUCUGCUGUCCUCUCACAAGGGAGUACCUCGUCAACUAUGCCCGAAGCUUGAUAUAUACUACAGCAUUGGGCUUCCCCUUCCUUGCCUCUAUCCGGACCGCGUACGAGCUCCUAUCAGAAGGGAAGACCGAGCCAGCCCAACACACCCUCCACAACCUCACACACUACCUCAGCAAACGUCUAGACGAGCUGACCAGCGAAAGUGACCCCGCUGUCUUCUCCGUCGACCACUUCCCCGGAUCGCCCAUCUUCGCCCUGCGGAGUCCCGUCCCGCGACGGCUGGCGGAGGCGUGUCAGCGGGAGGGAAUCGUCGUGCGGGCCAUUAUGGCGCCGACUGUUCCUGCUGGAAGGGAGCGUGUGCGCGUCUGUUUGCAUGCGGGGAACACGACGGGGGAGAUUGAUCUGUUGGUGGGGGUUAUUUGGAGGUGGGUGGGUGGGGGGUCUAGGUUGUAG